CCGCUUUCUAACCUAACUUAUUAUGAAAACGAUAACCAAUUUUUAAAAUAGAAAACAUGUACAAAAGAAUAUUCAAAUUAUUUUCUAACAACAGAAGAUUAAUACAUUAUUCUUCAGGCAAACCGCCAGCUAUACUUCAUAAGUCAGUGUUUGGAAAAGAAAUAUUUGAUACUUUCGAAGGAAUUCCGCAGAAAUCCUGGUCAGAAUGGUCUCAAAUUCGCCAAGAACUUCUUACUAAUAAGGCAUUUAAUGAACACAAUAUUGAUGCUAUUAUUUUGGGUCAGUGUAUUAGUAAAAACAACUGUUCACUGGGAAAUUCAUUUAUAGACUAUUUGAAUAAGGAAGAAAUUAAAUUCAAUCUUGCCACUACAGCUAAAUAUUUUAGUCUAUUAUAUUUAUUAAAUAGGGACAAUCGGUUUCUGUAUGGCAAAACACUAAAAACGAAAGAAGAGGAAUUAAUUCUUGAUAGAUACAAUUCUCUAAGAAAAAAAUACGAAAUUUUAGAUUCAAUUACCUUAGAAGGUUCUAUUUCAGCUCUAUCAUUAACUAAAGAUUGGAAAAAAUGUAUAACUCUACUGGAAGAUAUAAAAUUAACCAAAAUACCAAGCAAUUUAUCCUACAGUGUGACUGCUUCGGCAGCCUUUUUAAACAAUGAGAUCGACAUUGGUUGGUCACUAUUGCAACAAAUGAUUCUCGACGAGAAGAAUAUUGACAACAUUGUUUAUUACGCUUAUUUAAAUUACUUAAAGGCGACAAAAAAUGAUAUAAAAAUUGAACUAGAGAAGCUCUUUAUGUUUCUACAAGAAAACGAUAUAGUAAUCGAAUCGGAUGUUGCUUUAAAAAUCAGUGAAUUUGGAAACGAAAGUGGAUUAACAAAUUUUGCAACUGCUGUUUCUAAAAGAGCAGAUUGCAGAAAUUGCAACCAAAAAUUAGAAAAGUUCGAUCUCGACAACGAAGAGUUUGCAGCACUGAAAACUGCAAUAUUCAAGAACGUAAUUGUAGGGAGAGAUAUAUUCGUCAAAACAAACCCCAACGAAGUGAACAGAUUUAACGAAUUUAUUAGCGCACAAGAGGAAUUCGAUGUAGUUCUGGAUGGUUUAAAUGUUGCCUUUUCAGCCGGAACUAGGCAUUCACCACAAGUAUUUAGCUCACUUGUAGCUUCUGUUGUGUCUUAUUUCGUUAAACAAGGUAAAAAGGUACUGGUAGUUGGCCGGUACCACAUGAAGCAAUGGCCUAGAGACAAUUGGAGCUUCAUCAACCAAAACGCAACGGUAUUUUUAACGAAUAACAUAUCCCAAGAUGACCCUUAUUUGCUGUAUUGCGCGUUGAACUCUGGGAAAAAUACUAUAAUAGUUACUAGGGAUUUAAUGAGAAGUCACAAGUUUUUAUUAAAAGAAACCAAAUUGAGGAUCUUGUUCAAUCGAUGGUUGAGUCAAAGACAGUACCAGUUGGUAAAAGUAACUGCUGAGGGAAAUCCAUUUUUUAGAUUUCCACCAUCAUUAACAUUUAGUGCUCAGAAAAAUGGUCAAUAUUGGCACAUACCUUUCAAGCCAUGCCAAGAUUCUAAUAUUAGUUGGUUAUGUAUAAAAUUCUGAUUAAAAAAUAAC